GAGAGAAAUGAAGCACCUAGCCAGCAGAGUGCAGCUGGAGGACUCUGGCUGAAUUGGAGCUCUGGCACCCAGGGGCGGGCCCCAGGCUGGCUCAGGCCGGCCAAUCCGGAGUUGUCAGAGCCACUGAGCUGCAGGUCUCAGGACUGAACAGAGUCACUGCACUUGUUCACCCCCAGUCUGUCCAUCUGUCCCAGGCCAUGGCGAAGUUGCUAGUGCUCACCCUGGUGGGACUGAUGUUGGCACUUUACAAGAACCAUCGGUCUUCCUAUCAAACAAGAUUAAAUGCUUUCCGUGAAGUAACACCGGUAGAACUUCCUAACUGUAAUUUAGUUAAAGGAAUCGAGACAGGUGCUGAAGACUUAGAGAUCCUGCCUAAUGGAGUAACGUUCUUUAGCACCGGGUUAAAGUAUCCUGGAAUAAAAAGUUUCGAUCCCAGUAAGCCUGGAAAAAUACUUCUGAUGGACUUGAAUGAGAAGGAGCCAGCAGUGUCAGAGUUAGAAAUUAUAGGAAAUACGUUGGAUAUAUCUUCAUUUAACCCUCAUGGAAUCAGUACAUUCACAGAUGAAGAUAAUGCUGUGUACCUACUGGUGGUAAACCAUCCCGACUCCUCGUCCACUGUGGAAGUGUUUAAAUUUCAAGAAGAGGAAAGAUCACUUCUGCAUCUGAAAACCAUCACACAUGAACUUCUGCCUAGCCUCAACGAUAUAGCUGCUGUUGGUCCUGAGAGCUUUUAUGCCACAAAUGAUCACUAUUUCGCUGACCCAUACUUACGGUCCUGGGAGAUGUACUUGGGUCUGUCAUGGUCCAAUGUUGUUUACUACAGUCCAGAAAAAGUCCAGGUGGUAGCAGAAGGAUUUGAUUUCGCUAAUGGCAUUGGCAUUUCCCUUGAUGGCAAGUAUGUCUAUAUAGCUGAAUUGCUGGCUCACAAGAUUCACGUGUAUGAAAAGCACGCUAAUUGGACUCUAACGCCAUUGAAGGUCCUCAACUUUGACACUCUUGUGGAUAAUAUCUCCGUGGAUCCUGUGACAGGGGAUGUCUGGGUUGGCUGCCAUCCCAAUGGGAUGAGGAUCUUUUUCUAUGACUCAGAGAAUCCUCCCGGCUCAGAGGUGCUUCGAAUCCAGAACAUUUUAUCUGAAGAUCCCAAAGUAACUGUAGUUUAUGCAGAGAAUGGCACAGUAUUGCAAGGUACGACAGUCGCCUCUGUGUACAAAGGCAAACUGCUGAUUGGCACUGUGUUCCACAGAGCUCUUUACUGUGAUCUGUGACAGGCUGGCUGCAUCCACGUCAUUGAAAGUGAAGCCACUAUUUCAAUCCUCUGCCAUAGUGAAAGGUGCCUACCACAAUGAUCUCUGCUGACCAAUGAAUGUUGACCUUAAUCUCAGACAUAGGAAGAAGGAGAGUGCUUCCUGCCAAUAGAUCCUAACUAGCAAGGAUUUCUUGAGUGUCAGUCUCAGACUACUUAAAGACAUCAUUGAUUAAUAAAAACUCUCUUUCACCAAAAUGGCUAAAUUU